AAAUUUCUAUAUUCAUUUUCCAUUAGUUCUACUCGGAGUCUGUCGACACUGGAAUCCAAACUAGAUUCUCUGCAGUGUCACUUCACCUGGGGUCUGGACACCAGCAGGUCCAAACUUCUUCAUGUCAGGGACAAUCUGGAGGACAUUGGCACCCAGGAGGGAUACAUUUGGCUGGGUCAUAUUUACAACCUGCAGGGAUUCAUCUACUGCCAGCUGGGCCUCACUGAAGAUGCCUGUCGUUUCUUCAGCAGGGCCACAGAGGCCUUUCGUCAGAUAAGAAACACCGUCUCAGAUGAAGGUCAGUGGCUAGUGGUGAGCUACGGCAAUCUAGCUUGGCUGCACCAUCAACUGGGAGAACGAGCACAGAGUCAGGGUUACAUAUCAAAGGUUGAUGCCCUGAUAAUUGAAUAUGCAUCGCCAUUUCCUAAUGAGCUCCAUCCAGAGAUCUAUGCUGAAAAAGCCUGGACCCUGAUGAAGUUUGGCAAAGACAGCAAUCUGCUGGCUGCAGAUUACUUUCAGAGAGCCAUCAGGAUGCAGCCAGGCAUGGUGGAGUGGCAGACCAGCCAUGUCAUAGCAUUAGUAAACGCCUAUAGUCACCAUGACAAAAACCUCGGAGCUGACAUCUUUGAGAAGUUGAAACUUACCAAGGAACAGGAUCAGGCGAACUUGUUCCUUGCUGCUCUUUACCUUGAGGCCUGUGCUGAUAAAGGAAUAAACAUUGAAAAUGAAGCACGUGAGCUAGCUAGAAUGGUUUUAAGAAAGCCAAUUGGCAGCUACAGUGGUCUCCAACCAUUACUAAGGCUGUACAGAAGAUAUGUAUCCACGGAUGAAGCUGUUGAUUUGGCAGAGGAGGCUGUAGAAAGACACCCAGACAAACGUUAUCUGAAGAAAUGUGCUGCAACAUGCUACAAAUGGAGGAUCUUGUCUCAGAAGGACAACCCUCUGGAGCACAGCAUGAUCAACAGAGCUAUCAGUCUCUGCAAGGAAGUGAUUUCUCUUUAUCCCCAUUCUUCAUUUAAAAUGCAAGUAACUCUUGCAGGCAUAUAUGCAAAGUCAAAUACCACCCAAGCUGCAGCUGACCAGAUAUAUGUGGAACUACUACAAAGUGAUCUGGACCCCAAAGAAACACAAAUACUUUACAAUUACUAUGCAAAAUAUUUACAUUUCAAUCGAAAAGAGAUCUACAAGUCAAUAGAAUUUCACAUGAAGGCAGCCGCUAUACCUCAACAAUCUUCCUAUCGUGACAACAGCAUUAGAAAUCUGGAAAAGAUUAGAGAAAGAAACAAAAAUAAAAUGUGUGGAGAAAUACAUGACUUUUUGGAUAAGCUGCAUCACUGAGAGCCUUCACUAAAGUGUACAAUGUUACUGUUCACCUGAGCGCUACAAUCCAGAAUCAGUGAACUGUCUCAAAGGGUUUACAAAAACGGAAAAAAGUUUGAACAAAAUAUGGCACCAUUUAUUAAUCAUAUGAAAGGCCAUCAUGUUUUCUCAUGCUAAAAAUUACAGGCCAGAUUCCCAAGCUUAUGUGGAAACUGUCACUGUUUCAACUGAAUUCUUGAGUUUGUCCUUUUGUUUUGCUCUUUUACUUAUUUUCUAUAUAUGUGAAUGUCCAACUUAGAAAAAGUGAAAUAAAACAUUAAAAAAUGAGCCUUUUAAUAUUUGCUGCAUCCAAAUAGCUUAAAGACCCUGAGAACAGAUUCUCUCAAUCAGUUGAAUAUAGUCUGUUUUUGAAAUCAUGGUUUUGCAAUAAUAUUAAUAUGAACUAAUUUUGAUGGCACUGUAAAAGAAGAGUUUACAAAACUUACAGAACAGAAUUGCUUCACACAUAAAUAACUAAACAGAAGUAAAGAGAAAUCAAAUCAGAUAGUAAAGAUGAGAUAUUAAUACAGACUUUUUUUUAAAGAAAUAAAAGAAUAGAAAUAAGCUGUCACACAGAAGAAACAUGAUAAAACUCCUCAGGUUAAGCAAGAAAAACUGUUUUAAAAGCAAUUUAAAGAAGAGAGAGAUUUGGUGAGUCUUGGGACCCAAGUCCAGAGUUCAGGUGCUUUGACAAC